GGUGCAUCCCGCCCCACCCCGCCCACACAGUGGGCACGCCCAACAAACAUGGCGGACGGUUCCGAGUCCGGGGCGGGUAGCGCGGGAACACAGGCGGGCAGGGAGGCGGGGAGCGCCGCCGGAGGGGACGGGCAGGCCCCGGGGGGAGACACACAACCUCCCCCUGCCGCCCCCAGCCGUCUGCAAGUGAACGAAGACCUGUUGGUGCUUAUAAAGAAGUACGCCAUGCAGCUCGGUUUGUUGGUGGUUGUCUGGAUGGUCGGGUACUGGGCAUUCAGCGUGAGCUGGAUCAUGCUCGGACUCUUCGUCUGGAUGUGGCGGGAAAAGAGACAGAAAGCCAAGGAGUUCAAGAUCAAGACGGCGCGCAAGGCGGCGCAGAACGAGCAGGAGACCGUCUUGGCGCGUCUUGAGGACCUGCCGUCUUGGGUGUACUUCCCAGAUGUGGAGAGAGCAGAAUGGUUAAACAAGAUCCUAGCCCAGCUGUGGCCGUAUGUGGGGCGGUAUGUUGAGGACAUCCUGAGAACCUCUGUAGAGCCAGUGGUGAAGGACUCACACGACAUGCUGAAGUCUUUCCAGUUCAGUACCAUCAUGUUGGGGGACAUGCCCCCCAGAGUAGGAGGGAUCCAGGUCUACACUGAACAUGUGCACAGGAACGAAAUUAUCCUGGAUAUGGAGAUCAUGUACGCAGGAGACUGUGACAUUCAGAUCCGCAUGAAGAGAUUCCUGGCAGGGAUUCAAGACUUACAGGUGAGGAAUUACUUGAUGUGA